CAACAUGCUUACUCCUCUAUCCAAAAUUUUAUUUAAACAGGUUCGUAAAAUACAUGGCUUAAGCAGAAUCGGGAAUCGCGACGUUGUCGGUUUUGGUAUUAAUGGUUCUGCUAACUAUAAAGAUGACCCUCACUUUCCAUUCCCCGCUGUAAGAUUUAAGGAGAAUACCGAAGAUAUAUGCGCCCUACGGGAGAAAGAGAAGGGUGAUUGGAAGUUGCUUACUUGCGCUGAAAAGAGAGCUUUGUACCGAGCAUCCUUCUGCCAGACUUUUGCUGAGUUCCAGCAUCCAACAGGACAGUGGAAAUUUAUACUUGGAUGGGCGCUUUUCUUAUCUUCUUAUUGCUUUUGGUCCGCCAUGUUUUACCACUGCUAUGUAUACGAGAAGCUGCCGCUCUCGUUUUGUAAGGAAUCUCGGGAGGCCCAGCUUCGUAGAAUGUUGGAUCUACAUGUCAACCCUGUUGACGGGCUCUCUUCUAAGUGGGACUAUGAACAAGAUUGCUGGAAGGUGGCUAUCGUACUUGCUUUGAUCGGGCUAGCUUUGGCUCAUCCGUCGGGAUAUGGCAUCAGCCUAGCGCAACCCCUCGUGUUACCGUCGGCCGUUUCCGUUAGCUCCAGCAUCAUCAAUCACGGAUACUCCAUACCCCGUAUAACCUCCAUUCCAAUCAUCACCCCGAUCAUUAAGCCCAUCAUUGCCACCCCGAUUAUAAAGCCCAUCAUUAGUUUUUCGCAAAUGAUAUUCAGAUUGCUGAUGUGUUUAGUCGCUACUAGCGAAGUACACAGCUCGGAUGAAGAUAAUACAGACACGAUUUCAGAUGAUAUGUAUUUGGAAAACAUGAGAAGAAGUCUAGCUGAGUGGCAGUACGAGGGUUUGCCGAUAGAGGCGCCUGAGUCCGCCAGGAGAGCAGGGAGUGACGUGGGUGACAAACCGGUCAACAUAACAAGUCACCGUUACCUGUCCCCCGAGCUACGGUACCGUGGGUACGAGCAGACGUAUGCCGACAUCAGGGAGUACCCCUACAUCGCGGCGAUGCUCAUGAACGACCAGAUGUGGUGCACCGGCGUCAUCAUCGCACCAGACAAGAUACUGGCCGACGCGUAUUGUUUGCAACUGCAGUAUAUGAACCGAUUUAAUCGAGAACUAGUGAAAGUGUUAAAUAUCCGUGUCGGAUCAGAUAACGCGACAGCAGGGGGCAAACUGUACAAAGCCAGCGAAAUAUUCUUCCACCCCAACUACAAACCUCAUAUCCUGGAGUUCAAUUUUGCUAUUGUUAAGAUUUCUAGGAAUAUCUCUUUCGCAACAAUGAAAGAUGCCGACGUGGCCAAGUACUCUCAUAGGACUUAUAUCCCGGCGGACGACGAUAAUAUAAUAUUCGUUGGUUGGGGGACAGUUUAUGCAAUUGAAGACGGAGGCAAGAUUAUUGUACUAAAGAAAUUCAAAGUACCCGUUUAUAAUCUGGCCGAUUGUCAAGAUAUUCAUGGACGAGACGUGGUAACGAGUGCAAACUUUUGUGCGGGGUUCAUAUCCCAGGCCAAGAAUAUUUGCCACCAUGAUAUGGGUGGCGCCGCCAUACAGGGUGGAGAGGUAGUCGGUUUGCUAUCGUUCGCGUCCAAGUACUGUGACCACCCGGACAAACCUGCCGUGUUCUCCACGGUCGGACGAGUAGCGGACUGGAUUGAGUCGAUAAAAUAAACCUUGCAGUUUA